AUGGGGGUGUCCCGUCUGCUACGCUUCAGCGACGUGCUGUCGGCCGCCACGGUGGGAGGCUGGCUCGUGGGGGCGGCCGUGGCGCUGGCCGCCGCCUCCUGGCUGUGGCUGGCCUUAGCCACCGCCCUCACCCCGCAGGACGCCUGCCUUCUGCCGCCUCCGACGCUCUUGCCCCACAGGGACUCAGCGCUGCUACGGACGGCCGAGGACACGGUCGCGCGCGUCAAGGACAUCGUGAGGACGCUGCUACAACAAAUCUCCCCCGGCGGUAGCAAUUCCUCAUCUCUUUCACACUUCGCAGACCAUCAUGUGGAGAAGAGAUCCCAUCAGCAAAGAGCAGGUUCGGUCAUCGACACAAACUAUCCGAAUCGGAGUGUCGAAAGUGACGAGAAUUACAACUCAUCUGGUCAACAUAGACCCAAAACUUCUGAUACUGACCUUAAAAGCCAGAGACGUCGCCGCUCGGCGUCCGUUAUUCGGAACAAAAUUUCUUCAGCACCCUUGCUCAAGAGUUUCGGCUGGUACAUUCCCUACACAGAAGGAAAGAAAACCAAUCCUGCAGUCAUAAACCCACGCCUCCAACGUCGAUGUUGCACUAUCCGUGACGAUGAAAUUAUUUGUGCUCUACAUUUCUCAAGAAACUCUGGAACGACCAGGCUGACGAACAUCCACGGUAAUGCUCAUAGAAUAAGUGAUACAAGUAGACUAGAAACAAUGAGAGCGUUAUGUUGCUCAACAUCCAGUAUAAAACUUAAAGACAGCGUGUGGCACGACAGACGGUGCUCCACACUACUACAGGCGACAGAGAGGACACAUCCCCAUCUCUCGCCACGAGGGACUAUGGUAGCUGAAACUUGUCACGCGUAUCUGUCAGCUCUGAACGCAGACGCACUCAUUACUGCAAUAUUACUCGCCGAAAACUCACCCAGUGGUUAUUUGUGGAUAAAAAUCGUCGAAAGUCGGAAAGCGCAGAUACCGUGUGUCACACUCCGUCGAUCUGCAGUGGUUGGCGAUAUUCAUUAUCUUGAUGUCAUAGCUAAACAGAACGGAGACGACGUUAACCUGCAAAGAGAAGCGGUGUCAUCAAACAAUGCGGCGCACGAUUCAACAGCUUAUGAGAGUCAGCGAGAUAUGAUUGUCGGAUGUUUAUUUGAAAUAUGUUUGAAAGGGCGCAUGAGUGAAACACACGAAAGCCUUCUGAAUGUUUUAGUUCAUAGACUUUCAAAUGGAGGCACAAGGUUUUCUGGCAAAGCAGUUCCUCACUUUACUCAAGAUGAGAGACACUAUAUCUGCAGAAAACUUACAACUUACUUUAAUACAAGACGCCAUUCUAGAGACACUUUCUUACUACCAGAACUUGUGUAUAAACAUUCUCACGUGUGCCAAUUCAAAUGGAAUACCCCACACGAAAAUUAUAUGGAUUACCAUUCAGGCAACGUACAUUAUUUUCACUUUGUGCUGUCAAGUGAGGAUAAACUUCCUCAGAGACUAGUACAAAAAUACACUCUUCUUAAAAUAAUCAACCGCUUUGGUUCCAAUAAGGCAUUACAGUGUUGCUGGAAAUAUAAUGGUGAAAGCGAAAGUAAAACAAUACGAAAUCGAGUGAAACGUGGUGCUCGUCAACGAAACGGCAAGAACUUACAGAGAGAAGUCUAUUCGCAUGUGAAGCGGUUAUUUCCAAGAGAUUCCGACGAGACUUUAGCAGCUGCUGGUGACCAAACAACGGACAGUGAGGCACUGCUCGACGAUGAUGUACAGUCGAGUCAUCUCAACCACUCAGAUUCAAACUACAGACUUCCAGAAACCACCACACAAGAGAGUCCUUCAGACGUGGAGGAAAGCACGUAUACUUCCGUAAACAUUGUAUCAGAUGGGUUGGAAGUCGUUACUGCUCCGAACACUGUUAAGACAGAAAAAGAGCCUGAAGACGAAAGAUAUACGGAGUCUCUUCAUGCUGAUGCUACCGACCCCAUAGUGCAUGUUACAACCUCGUACCUGGAGACAGAUCAUACACAGGUGCAGUCACAACUGCAAGUUGUAAACAUAGACAAAGAGUCCGAAGACGAAAAUAAUACGGAAUCUCCUCAUGUUGAUCCUACCGACCACACAGAACAUGUUGAAACAUUGAACUUCGAGAUGGAUCAUUCACAGAUGCAGUUACAACUACCCGCAGAAUUUGAAUCAGCUUCCGAGACAACCCCUACCCCGCAAGAAAGAAGUACUACGGGACUAGCAGAGAUUAUCCCUUCGACAGUCUCAAAUACGGAUGAGGUCACGUGGUGGCCACCUCUGGUGAGUGUUACACCGGAGAACAACACCAGCGACACCGCCUGCCACUGCGAAGAGCCGCCUUCGGACCCUCUGGUUGCCGCUGUGCUGCUGCUGUUGGGUCACGUAGCUCCUCUGCUGUGGUCGGUGGCCGGUCGCUGCGGGUGCGGGCGCUGGCAGCUGUCAGCUGCGACGCUGGAGCUGCUGCUGUGGCUGCCCGGCCUGCUGGGGGCGGCGUCGCGGGCGGCCGGCGUGCAGACGCCGGUGCGGGGGCCCGCGUGCCGCGCCGCCACCGCCGCCGGCCUGUGCGGGGCGCUGCUGCGGGUCUCCCAGGCCGUGCUGUCCGCGGCGCGCGCGCCCUCCUCAGUCCGCCAGGGUCCCCGCUCCCCGGACUCCGACCCGAGCUCGUCUGGGACGCGCAAGACUGGUUGGCUGUCCGCCGAGGAGGCGGGCCCCAGUAACACCGUGGAGCUGCCAGCCAAUCCGGAAGCUCAGGACCGUGGAGUCACCGCCAAUGAAACGAGAAUUCAGGAAGACAGUCCGAAGGGCGAGCACAGUGGCCGAGCGGCCGACAGUGGCACGCAGGGGGCCAAACUGUCGCCAGAACUCGAGGCUGUGUUUGUUGUUGGGAACACUGAGCCCUUUCCAAAACCACCAACGGACUCGGCACUGGAAGAUGAAACAGACGAUGGUAGUGACAAACCAACAGAUCACGAAGACCAUGAAGAUAAUGAGUACGCGGGACGCCAUCUGCAGCACGACUACAGCCACAGCCAUUGUCACGGACAGAACUGA